AUGACCAGCACGACGUUGGACGGCGAGAGCGUCGGGACCGCUUUGUGGGUCGUGCAACUAUGUUUCAUCGGCAGCCUCGCAGUGGCAGCGAUUGUGUACACGUUCCACUACAUGUUCGAAGUCAAAGAACGCGAGCUGUUUCAAAGGAAAGACCCGCCCCGGGAUCGUCGUGACUACAUGGAGAGUCGAUGUUUGACGGACUAA